CUCGUAGACUGUGUGACCAGCUGGCUGAGUAUUUUUGUGGCGCCCGACGAAUGGUCACACUGCCGGCCAGCUGAUUGCCCGCGUGCAGAUUUUUUGGACUUUAUUUUCCUUAUUUGGCUGUUGUUGUUUUGGGCCGCCGGUACCGCUUAGCUUUCUGUCUCCCUCUCUUUCUGUCUUUCUCUCUCGCUCCCACCAACGGCACCGCCAUGGGCAAGAACACGAAGCGCAACAAGAAGACGAAACAGCAGCUGCAGCAGCAGCCGCCACAACAAAACGGAGUAACUGCAUCCGCAUCCGGAGCAGCCAGCGAAGAUUUACAGGACCAGCAGGCGGCCAGUUCGUUGCCCAGCCUGAACGCCAAAAAGAGGAGCCAACUGAACAAACUAAUUGAGGAAUUACUUGAUUUAGUUGAAAAGCAGCCGGCGAAUCCCAACGAGGAAUGGAAGCAGUACGAGCAGCUCCAGCAGCUACUCAACCAAAUUAUGAUUCUGGAAGAGCCACUCAGCCAGGCUGUGUGUCCGCAGAUCACCGAUUCCCCCGACGAUCAGUCCCGUCUGGCCAAAGUGGAGGCCUUCAGUGCGUGGGCCAAAGAUGGCGGAGUACACAGCGAGGGACUGGAGAUAGCUAUCUUUCCGGGCUACCAGCUGGGUCUGCGGGCCACUCGGCCGCUGGCCAAGGAAGAACUGGUGCUGACCGUGCCCCGCAAACUCAUCUUCUCCGAGGAAAACAACUCCGAUUGCCGUCUAUUUGGCAAAAUGCCGCAGGCCACCCACUGGGUCUACGAUCUGGUCAUCGAGAAGAUCCGUGGCGAGUUCAGCGAAUGGCGACCGUACAUUGAUAUUCUGCCCGCGAAAUACAGCACCGUGCUCUACUUCACCAUCAAGCAGAUGGAGCGACUCCGGGGCACCGCCGCCUGCUCCCUGGCUCUGCGUCAGUGCCGCGUCAUCGCCAAGCAGUACGCCUUCCUCUACAGGUACGCCCACACCCUGACCGAGCCGAGCGACGGGAAUAGGAGCCAUCCGGGCGAAAGAGGCCUCUUCUUCACGCAGCACGGACUCUGCUACAAGCUCUACAGAUGGGCCGUUUCCACGGUGAUGACCCGACAGAAUUUGGUGCCCAGCGAAAAACAAGAAUCACAGGACAGCCCUAAAUUCAUAUCGGCUUUGAUUCCGUACUGGGAUAUGGCGAACCAUAAGCCGGGCAAGAUUACCUCCUUCUAUGCCGCCGUGUCCAGGCAACUGGAGUGUACCGCUCAGGAAGCUGUUGAGGCUGGAGAGCAGUUCUUCAUCUACUACGGCGAUCGGUCGAAUACCGAUCUUCUGGUGCACAAUGGUUUCGUAGACGUUAACAACCUCAAGGACUAUGUUAAUAUUCGUGUGGGCCUGAGUCCCACGGACGCCCUGGCUGCGAAGAGGGCAAGCAUUCUGGACAAGCUGAACAUCCGGCACAACGCGGAGCUGCGUGUACUGCCCGCACCGGAGUUCAUCUCCAAGGAGCUGCUGGCAUUCGUCCGGGUGUUCAAGAUGAGCGCCGAGCAGCUGGAUCACUGGUGCAGCGACUUGGAGCGGGCCGGCGACCUGCUGCACAUCGACUGCGCCCUGGAGACGGAUCAUGAGACACGAACCUGGCAGUUCCUGGAGGACAGGUUGAAGCUGCUACUGGCCGUCUUUGAUAAGGAGAUGCGGGAGGCCGACGAGUUGAAGGAGCUCUCUGAGCUGGAACUCAAGGAUGGGGCCAAGUCUGGCCAGGAGAUCGAGCUCAUGCUGCUCCUGUAUCGCCGUUUGGAGAGGAGCAUUCUCGCCGGAGCUCUACAAUACGCCCAGGAGCAUCGCAAGGUCUAGGGAUUUGAGCAAGGCACCCACAAAAUUCGAGUGGCCAUCGAAAGCGACAUCAAUAACUCAGUCUAGCAUUAGCAAGUAGCUAUCUAUUUUUUUUUUACCAUUACUUAACUUAUUUUAACUGAAAGUUUUAGUCGACAGUUUUUGAAGUUGGAUACCAAAACAAUUUUUAAUUCUACAACGAUCGAUUUGUUGUACAUUGAGUCACGGAAUAAUCAGCUUGAUUUAAAACUCGUGUUCGUCUAGUGUUGUCCGCGAAUUGUAGUUUAUAGCGUUUUAUUGUUUUAUGUUUGUUUAUUUUAUUAACUGUAAUCCUAACAGUUUUAGUAUUUUGGAAUUAAAAAUGAAGUCAAACAGCA